CAAUUUGAUUGUGUGGUAGGAAGAAUGGAGCCCAAAACUUUGGAAGAAACAAUUAUCUGAAGGAUAAUCAUGCUCUCCGAUGCUCUUGCCAGUACUCUCACGGCCUCCCUCCCGCCACCUCCUCCUCCGGCCACCACCGACCACCCCCACCCUUUCCCGCCUUCCAAACUAGCCUACCUCAUCGACUCUUCCAAAUCUAUCAAACACCUCCUCCAAAUCCACGCCUCCCUCCUCCGCCACAACCUCCUCGACACCAAUCCAAUCCUCACCUUCAAGCUCCAGCGCUCCUACUCCUCCCUCCGCCGCCUCGACUACUCUCUCUCCCUCUUCAACCACGCCCAAACGCCCCCCAACGUCUUCUCCUACACCGCCAUCAUCCACGCCCACACCACCCUCAACCUCCACCCCCAAGCCCUCUCCCUCUACGCCCGCAUGCUCGCAGACGACGUCUUUCCCAACGCCUUCACAUUCUCCGCCUUGCUCCGCGACUGCCCGUUGAAACCCGGGAAAUCCCUCCACUCCCAGGCGGUGAAACUCGGGUGCGCCUCAGAUAACUACGUUAUAACCGGCCUGAUUGAUGUCUACUCGAAGGCCGGCGAAGUGGCGUCCGCGCGCCAGCUGUUUGAUAAAUUGCCUGAGAGGAAUUUGGUUUCUUUGACCGCGAUGAUUAAUUGUUGUGCUAAGAAUGGGGAUGUGGACGGGGCGAGGUUGCUGUUUGAUGGAAUGGAGGAAGGGGAAAGGGAUAUUGUGUGUUGGAAUGUGAUGAUUGACGGUUACGCGCAGCAGGGGAGGCCGAAUGAGGCUCUGGACCUCUUCAGGGAAAUGUUGGAAUUAAGAGUGAAGCCUUUUGAACCAACUUUACUUGCAGUACUUUCUGCUUGCGGGCAGCUCGGGGCUUUGGAGUCGGGUAGGUGGGUACAUUCUUACAUCCUUAUGAAUAAUGGGAUUGAGUUUGGUGUUCAACUGGGUACUGCUUUGGUGGAUAUGUAUAGCAAGUGUGGUAGUUUGGACGAAGCACGCACGGUUUUUGAUAUGAUUGAGGACAAGGAUGUUGUUGCUUGGAACGCGAUGGUUUUUGGGUAUGCAAUGCAUGGGUUUUGUAAAGAUUCUUUCCGUUUGUUCGCAACCAUGCGUAGGAGAGGUGUUUACCCUACUGACAUAACCUUCAUUGGCUUAUUGACUGCUUGUGUCCAUUCAGGCUUAGUCACUGAGGGACGGAGAUAUUUCUGUUUGAUGAAGGACGAGUACCAGAUUGAACCCAAGAUUGAGCACUACGGGUGUAUGGUUAAUUUACUUGGUAGUGCUGGGCAUUUAGACGAUGCAUAUGAACUUAUCAAAAGCAUGAAGAUCGACCCGGAUCCUGUCUUGUGGGGAACAUUGCUUGGUGCAUGUAGGCUUCAUGGAAACACUGUCCUAGGAGAGCGAAUCGCGGAGCUCCUUUUAAGCAAGAAUGUUGCGGAUUCUGGGACGUAUGUUAUUCUAUCUGGUAUAUAUGCUGCAGCAGGGAAUUGGGAUGGAGCAGCAAAGGUAAGGGCUAUGAUGAAAGGCAGUGGGGUGCAGAAGGAGCCAGGUUGUAGCUCAAUUGAAGUGAAUAAUAUGGUACAUGAAUUCCUUGCUGGGGAUAUGAGGCAUCCAAAAUGCAAAGAAAUCUAUGCAAUGCUUGAGGAGAUGAAUGGGUGGCUUGAGGCUCAUGGUCAUACCCCACUGACAGAUAUAGUCCUGCACGAUAUUGGAGAAUCAGAAAAGAAGCGGUUGCUUGAAGUUCAUAGCGAGAAGCUUGCUAUUGCUUUUGGGCUUAUUAGCACUCAAGCAGGAGCUACAAUCAGGAUUUUCAACAACCUUAAAAUGUGUUUGGAUUGUCAUACUGCGACCAAACUAAUUUCAAAGAUCAAAGGGCGUAAGAUUGUUGUGAGGGAUCGGAACAGGUUUCAUCAUUUCGUUGAUGGUUCAUGUUCUUGCGGGGAGUACUGGUGAACUGCAUUGUCGAUCUGGGUUGCUGAAUAAAGCAACACAUAAUUUGAAGAAUAAAAGGUUGCAGGUAGAAAAGAAGCUUGCCCAAAGGCUCCAAACAGCAGGAGGAUUUGGCUUGGAUACGGGAUAAGAGUAAGAGCUUAUCUUACCGGAUAAGAGCUCAUUUUAACCUGAAAGGUCAGGCUAGGUAUAACAGCAAAAGGAAUUACUGAGUAAACAGUUCAAGAUUCCACACACUGUACUGAGGGUGCCCAGAUCAAGAAGAUGCAAUCCAUCAUUGGAUCAUUUUUUGACACAGGCAUUGCUAUUUGAACUAGUUGUAUAUUGCAAUGCCACCUUCACUGGGAUCACUCCUCUGCAUGAUUCAAGCCUUGGUUGGGGGAUGACUUUUGGUAUCAUUUUUCACCAGGCUGUUGGCUCUAAACCAUUGUGGAUCGUGUUCUCCAUACAUUGAACUAGCUGUAACUUUUACCAAAUCUACUUCAGCAAAAGAACGACCAUGAAGAGAAUCAGAAACUUUAAUUCCUUGUUUCCUUAUUCUUUACUUUUGUCAGAGACACAAAAUUCUUGAUUAUAUGUCUCUGUAUUUGUUUGUUUAUGAACAGAAUCAGGAUACUGAAAUUCUUUGUUUCCUUCUUUACUUUUCUCAGAGGCAAAUACUUGAAUAUAUAUUCCACAGUAUUUGUUUGUUUGCUAUUUUCCGCUUAUGACACAAUUUAUCACUCUGAGGUCCAUUUAUUAGCGGAAUUAGUUUUAGAGAGGUAUGAGACGAUAUAGCAAGAAUGGGGAUAUAGUAGGAGGUGAGAUUAUUGUAGGAGGUUAGGUCAUAUCCCGCCCAUACCCCCAACGAUUGGGGACUAGAUGGGUUCUGUUAUUGUUGUUGGUGGUGGUGGUGAUUACUUAUGCAUGAUUGGUUUGGAUUUUUUAAGUAGGAAGAUAUGGAUUGGUAUGAAUAGACGGAUGGCAUUUCCAUAAUACUACAUGAAGCCAUUUUUGGAAUUAAUAACGUGAUUUUCGUAUAUGGAAGCCACAUAGAGUAGGGGAUUACUUUUGAAUGGAUAUGAGAUGGAAAAAUUUAAUUUCCUUCAUGGGGAUAAACAGUCUCCUGGAUAUCAUAUCCGGGGUGACAAAUAUGUCUCUCAGGCAAUGACCCCUAACGAACAGGCCCUAUGGUCCUUGAUGAAUCGUCAUUAAUCCUGACCGACCGAAAAUAUGGACUCAACCAUCAAGAAUCAGGCUUGGUUCUGCAACGGGUGUUUAUUCUAGUACUCACUGGCCCUUCCCAGUUGGUUUCUUGGAAGGACUUGAAACUACAAAGUACAAACAUCACAAAUGUGUUUCUUUAAAGAGUUUAAGGCUCCGGUUGUUUCAGUUUAAAACGUUUUACUUGAAAAUUAACAUUUAUGAAUUGUUUUUUCUUUUGGAAAAGGAAUUCGUUUGUAUCUUUUUAAUUUUUGGUUUUUGUUUAUUAUUCAUUUAAAUGUUUGUGUUGGAAUGCCCAUGCCUGGAGCCAGAAUUUUAAUCUAGUGGUGGGGAAUAUGCAUAUUAAAAACAAAAUGGGAACAUGGACUACACUAUGAAUAUUUUUCCUUGAUCAAAACAACAUACUAAAAUUAUUAUAAUGAAUGAUGUUUUUCAUAUGCACGUAGAGUACAAAUUUAGUAAUUUAACUAAACUUGUCUAUUAAAUUGAGGCAUCUUGAAUUGUGCUCAGCUCUUUUUCAUGUCGUUAAAAACAUCAAUGAUAGAAUCGAUAUCAAAACCUCUACCAGUCUUUUUCUCAAUGUCUGAAAAAUUUGUCCACAAUUGCAUCUUCCAUCCGAUUGCGCUACGCAACACUACAAGAAAAUCAGUCUAUACUAGUGGCCUAAAACGCUACUAAAGGUGCCAAAAACCGCUGCUAGAACCAACGAGUUUAUACCAGCGCUAGCGCUGGGAGAUCCCCGUUGGUGAAGCUUUGUACCCACGCCUCAAAAACCGCUGCUAUGUACUGCAUAUAGUAACGGCUAAAGGCAGUUCGUAUGACGUGUACAAUAAUGCUAUGAAACCCCUGCUAAAAGCAUAUUCUUCUUAUUUUUUUCUUGUAUUAAAAUUAUAAUUAGCUCCACUACUAGGGUUGGUCCCAAAGAACAUCUCCUUUGCUUAUGUUCUUGUAGCAUAUUAGGGAGAAUUUAAGUCAAAUGUGCCUCAACAAAUAAAACAAGAAUUAGAGGAAAAGUAAAAAGGUUGGGCUCCAUAAUUUUUAAAUUUUUUUUUUUUUGGUAAUGCAAGAUGUCCUAGGCUAGCUUGCACGCAUCUUGGACUAAUCCCUACAAUCCCCCCACACCGUUUUACACACUCACACGUGAGGGUGAGGUGGUCCCAAGAGAUGCUAGCAAGGAGAUUGGCUUCAUAAAUUGCUUUUAUUUUCUCAUAAAACAUUAGAAUAUGAUUACUUGUGCAAUAGAAGAAACAUAAGUCGGGCAUAGAUGAGUCAGAAGGAUCCCCUUAGUUAUGAAAAAUAAAUCAAGGGUCCAAUACAAUCACAAUCCAAAAUUCUUGAAAUUGGUAGCAUAUAUAGUUCCAGAAAACAAAAAAAUUAAAUCUGCGUCAAAAAUGAAAUCUGAACAGAGGGGGUGGAACAGGGAGAGAAAGGGCGGCCUCAACGACUGUGUGGCUUCAGGCAACUAGGAUUACGUUGUCGGUAGUCAGUGGUUCGAUGAAUGAGGGGCAACAACAGUGAGAGAAAGGGUGAGAGAGAGUAGAGAAUAGGAGAGAGAAACAGGGAACUAACCUCAAGGAGGUGUUGGGGUGAAACUGCAACAAAAAUGAGAGAACAAGUGAGAAGGCGGGCUCGAUGUCGGCAGGUAGGAGAGCUCGAUGACAGCGAGAUAGAAGGGGAGCUCGAGUUGAUAGGAAUCGAACUACCCGUUCGACUCACAACGCCCCUAUGGAUCUUGGAAACUAGAAUCACAUAAAUUGCAAAGCAAACGAAAAUAGUGCUUAAUGAACAGAAAGAGAAAGAACACAAGACAUACGUGGAAAACCUCAAUGCGAGAAAAAACCACGGGAACCACACCAGUCCACUAUAAUCGAAAUUGGAGUUCAAGUUUUCUCUCCUCUAUGAGAACAAUUUUCUCUUGCCUCCUCGCUGCUUUUCUGGAAAACACUCUUAACCCUAAUUACAAAACAACUGCAUUAUAAAUAGGUAGGGUCAACAAUCUUAACCCUAAUUACACUCUUAACCCCUUGGGUUUGGACUAUUGCUGAAGGUUGUCUGCAUACCCAACACGAGUUUCAAAGCUGAAAAAGAAUGUUGCAUCGUAGACAUUGAGAAAAGUCAAUACAAGACAAAUUAAUUUGUCAACAAGAGGAUAAAUUGUAGACUUUAUUUUUUGUAUUGUUCAACACGUGACACAAUGGGAAAAUGGUACUAAAAUUUUGAAACUUCAAAUGUAGUUUCUCCUGCUUCGUGAAGUCAAAAGGAUAAUAUUAAUUUCUCAAAAUUCUUGCAAGUAUCUUCGAUUUUAAUUGAUGUAUAGUCAUCCCAAGGAUCUAAAGUUGUGCUAAGAAUGAGUAACUUCAUUGUAUCUUUGUUGUCUAUUAUGAUGUCUUGCUUUUCUAAUAAAGAAAGAGUUUCCAUUAAUAUGAAAGCAUGUGGUCUAGUUUUUCUUUUGCAAUCUAGACCUAAGUUUCUAAUAUUCCACUUAGGUUAGUAAAUUUGGUUUUGGACUUCUUUAUAGAGAAAAUGUCAAAGGACUAAAGAGUUAGGAUAUAACAAAGCAAAUCAAUAAAAAACAUAGUGGUGACUGGCAUAUAUAAUUUGAAGGUAAGAAAAAAUUCAUAUAAGUAAUAACUUUUUAAAAAUCUUUGUGGUGGAGGGUUGCUGCCACUUGUUCCCCUUGACUCCAUCUUUGCUGACAAUGCAGGACACGAGCCGGGAAGGCAAAAAUAUGUGGCACUGUCGCGCUGCACAUGUUGGGAUUUGGGAGCGUGUGCUGCUUGAAGGGAACUUAGACUAGGAUUGGUAAACAAGCUGAAUGAGUUGAGCAAAUGAUUUUUCAAGCUUGGUUUGAAAACUUUACCCUUGAAAGAUAUGUUUAAGCUUGGCUUGUUUAUGAGACGACCCAAUCUUGAAUGAGCUUUAAUCACUACAAGAAAAUGUAGCUUUGGCAAUUUAUUAUAAUGCACGGGCACGGACACGGAUACCGAUACCGACACGGACACGGGGACAUGGGAAUUCUAAAAAAAUGGGGACACGGACACGGCGGGGGACACACCAUUUGUAUAUUUAUUUAUUUAUAUAAAUAAAUAAAUAAUUUUAGUUUGACACCAAGAAAUUUAAAAAAAAAUUACAAUUUGGCCCCUCUUUUUUUUAAUUUAUAGUUUGACUCCCAAUUUUUUUAAAAUUACUGUUUGGCCCCCAAUUUUUUUUUAAAAUUACGAUUCGGCCCCUACCGUGUCCCCAUCAGUGUCCCUCCCAUGUCCCCAGCCGUGUCCCCCUGUGUCCCCAGCCAUGUCCCUGUAAAAAAUUUAAAUUAAAUUAUGGGACACGCCACGUGGUGUGUCCCAUACGUGUCCCCGUGUCCCGACACGGCGAUACUUCGACCUCUAGAGGUGUCGGUGCUUCAUUGGCGAUGAAGAAAGAAUUGUGUUGCCGUUGGAUGCCUAUCGCUGACGGAAUAACUCGUCGGCAACUUUCUGGCCAAGUCAACAGGUGGGAGUAUUUUCUGAGACGAAGGAAAAUACUUUCAGCGAUGUCAGUAUGCAUUGCCGUAAACUUAACCUUUUGGUGACUCAAAGCUGCAUCGCCGAAGGGCUAAUUUCCUUUUGAUUUCUUUUUUUUUACACUUUUGUGUUUACGAAUUUUAUUUCUGACAGGUGAAUGACAUUAGGAUGGGUUCUUGAGUUCUGGUCCGGGCCUUUUGGAUUUGGUUUUUAUUUCCGGAGGAGAUAAAGUUACAGUAUGUGCCUAAUUUAGCUUCUUGAUAUGCCUUUGCCCUCCCUAUUUGUGUUCAACCAGUUCUGUUUUUUAUACUUGCUGCCUGCUUUUGUUCACACUAGCUGAAGGGUGUUAAGUAGAUUAUUCUCUGUUUUCUUUUUCUUUUUUUGUUCUUUUUUGUUUUCCUAUUGUUUCUACAUUCGCCGCAUUUGAGCAUCACGGUUUGGAAAGAGUUCUGCGUGGUUUAAACCAGUGAUAUAGCAAUAAGAGAUAGAGAAGUACUUCUGAUCUAAUUGGAAUGAUCUGUAGGAAUAAAUCUUGAUAUGAGCCUUCUUGGACAUUAAUGCCUUGACUUUUGUGCUUGGGACCGUUUUCUGAAUCUCUUGGUUUCAUACAACUAAGGGGAAGUUGAAUAAACCACCAGGAAUAUGCUUUCCAUCUUCAUUAUCAACUCAGGAAUAAUUAUUUUCUUAAGGACACACCACAUGAAAGUGAUCUAUCAUUGUAAGAGUUCCUAUUUAUAUAUCCGGUUGAGUUAUGGUGAGAGUUGUCUAAUGUCUAACAAUUGUUGAGCAUUUUAAUAUUUUCUUUAGUACGAAUUGCAAAAGGUUCGGCCAUAUAUCUGGUUCCCUCACUAAAUCUGUACCUUAUGAUUAUGAGCAUGCAAGAGUUUGUUCACUAAAGUGUUUGUUCUCUUCCAUUCUUCUAAUCUGCAGAUUUACAAUCCAUUUUAAGGAUGUUCUUACAUUCUAUGGAUGUUGGAAUUGAGAUACUCUGUCUAAUGUGAAUGUUGGAAUCAAGAUAAUCUGUCUAAGGAAAGGUGGAAUACUCACUUGUGACACCCUAUUUUAUGCGAUCUCUUCUUGUUUUCUCAAUUUUAUGUGAGGAGAAACUUGGACUGUGUUCACUUUUGUGGUAUUUCCUUCUCUCUGUAUAGGGAAGCUAGAUAAAUUCAAUAACGGGGCACUAAAUAGAUUUACUUGUAUUCCUUGCUGUAUUUCGUUGAUGUCUUCCCUAACAAAGGAUUAAACCUAGUUGCAUGCAACAUGCUUUUGUUUUGGUGUAAUUUGUUUGGAACCAAGCAUGAAAUUAACCUACCUGCUGCAACAUGUUUUUAGUAUUAUAUAUAACUAAUUUUGAUGCUCUUUUUCUCCAGGCAAAUAAUAUUUUCCGGGAUAUCGUAUUGAUUUUUCUCUUGUCAAUACAUUAGAAGUUUGAGCUAAUGUUUAUUACAGUCCUGAAUGGGGGAGAACAUAACCUAGGUUUUCAUUUUUCAGACGUCAUAACCUAAUUUUUCAUCUUUAGGGCCCUGUUUGAUAACCUUAUAGAGGAGCUGGUGUUGAAGAAGAAAUAAUUUCGAUCAAUUAACCACAAAAGUUAGGGAAUCAAACAACAUCAUAGCAUGAUGUAUUAGUUAUUGUUGUAGGUGAGGACCUAAGCUGUUAUUGUUUGUUGUCCAAUAGUAUUAAAAACGUUCAAACUAUCAUCAAUUUCUGUUGUUGAGCAACAUAACUUAAGAAUAACACAUGGAUAGUGAUAAUGUAGAAUGGCACCUAAAAUGCACGAUUCAUUGCUCUAGUGUAUCAUUAGGUUAAAGGAAGGAGAUUUAAAUACUGCAACAUGUUUUUAUUGCAACAUGUUUUUGGUAUUACAUAACUUGUUUUGAUUCUUGAACCAUUUACCACCUAUGCCUUUUUCUCAAGUAAGGAAAUAUAGUCCAGGAAGAAGAAAGAUCUUACCUUUGAGAAAGUCGCAAAGAAUUCAAGAAGAGGAUGGAGCCCCAAGGGAGCAAACUCAACUUCGCCAACACAACCUAGAGCUGAUCAUGCUAAAGGCAUAUCGGUGGUGGUUGUCCAACCUUCCUGGCUCCCCACCUCACUACCGAACAUACUCGCAAAUUUUCUAGCCCAAAAUUGUUGUGGGCUUCAUGGGUGAGAAAAAAAGGUUAUAUGAAGUUAUAUUGGUUGUUGUAGUGAAUUUAUAUUCUAUCUUGGAUCUUAUUCUGUUUUUUCUGCUCUGAUUUUUCAAGUUGUUGCGUUAUUAAA